GCGUCAUCAAGAAUCGAAGUUUUGUCUUAUAUCUAUCUCGAUCUAUAUACCGGUAUAUCUCUGAUAGAAAAAAUAAACAGCACAUGCACAGUCGACACGGUUAGUUACGAAUACGACACGAUGGCGUACCUAGAAACCCACGAAAAUGCUUGAUAUUUUACCGGUUUGGACUUAUGAGAUCAUCUCAUGAAUUGACGACUUUUGAAGAUGUCAUCGGGAAGAGCUCCAUCGAAAUCAGGAGUAGGGUCAAAGGCACCCCCAUCACCAAACAGGAGCCCAAGGCAAGGUUCCUCGCCUCGUUACCAUGGUAACAAAGAUUUGUCUCCCAGGAUAUCGUUGGAAAUGCGUACCGGUGCCCAAACACCUCUCAGCAGAUCACAUUCACCUCAGAUUUAUGGCAGAGUAACGCCACUUAGUCUUGACAGAGGAUCACCAUCGCCAUCUUCUUGUCAGCUUGAAAGGGGUCCUAGUGGUUUAGAAGGGAAGAGUAACAAGGCUAGACUGCCACCGGUGUCUCCUUCCACCAAGAAGAGAUCCUCAUCAAAGCAGGUCGCACCAAGACAGAAGACAGAGACGAAGGCCUUGGUGCCAAAGUCUGCAGGAACUCUGGCUUCUCUCAAGGCAGCCAAAGAAGCUCUUCCUAUUGUAAAGAAGGAUGUCAUGUAUUUCCCUAAAGGAUACACACUACGUCCAAUCAUUCCUGCACAGAAAGCUGAGCUGAUUGAUGUAGCACGAGCGAUGAAUAGAGAGGAGUUUGGUCCCAGAGUCAAGAAACUUUUUGAUCCUGAGACAGUAGCUGCUACUGAAGCCAUUAAAUCAGGUGUGUACAUUGGUUGGCGCUGCCCAGAAUUUACCUGGGAUUGCAUCCGAGUUGGUCGUUUAUCAAGAUGCUUCUGUGGUCAUCUCCUGCAAGAACAUGCUUCGUACAAUGGACGUAGUGUCCGUGUCCCCUGCAAGCAAGGGGGGUGCCAUUGUAAAGCCUUUGCAUUCAUACCUGGCCGUCCAGAAGAUAUUGGAGAGUUCUGGUUUCAGCGCAGAAGGAACUUUGACCCCACAACAUGGAGGGCAAAGUGCAAGUGUAAACACACACAUGAGCAACAUGAUGUGACUGGAUUAAGAAGGUGUAAGGUUGGGGGUUGUGGCUGUGGAGCUUUCCAUUCUAACUUCCUGUGUGCUGCUUGCGAUCGCCAUUGGGAGGAUCAUGAAACAGUGUUUGAGACCGAGACAGAACGAAUGAAGAAAAACAUUCCUUGUGGUCAAGACUAUCUACCAUUUGCUGAAAUGCCCAACAUGCGAAACAUGGCACUGACGGGAGUGGACAGUGAUCCUGGGAUCUACACUGACCUGGUGGAGGGCGAGGGUGCCAUACCAAGGAGUAACCGAGCUAUCACCCAGGACACACCCUUCAUGCCUCCAUCUGGUUCAGGCUUCAAUCCGGUCUGGGACUAGACACACUUCUUGUGUACUUGCUGUUUUGAGAAAAGUCUAGUUAAUCGUACCUUUUGAUAACAGAAGCAGAAGGAAAAAGAUUUACUCAGUGCUGUAGCAGAACCAGGCAAUCAAUGUAAUGAAGGAUCCAUUUUCCUGUGUGUGAUACUCAUUGGAAGGUAGUGCGCUAUGUUGAAACCUAUAGGCAAGACUAGACUGGUUAGUUGCUAAUUACUGACUCUCGCCUUGUUACCAGAGGGUCGUUUGUUUGCAUCCCACCGCAAUACCAGUUCCUUUAGCAAGACAUCAAUCUACACUUUACCAUUCUCCACCCAGGUUUUCAGUGGAUAUCCAAUAGAAUGUUGAAGCAAAAUUUUAAUGUCUAGAAACUCUUGCUGGAAUGCUCCCCAAGGAGUGGUGAAAGUCUUGUGUGGACAAGAAUCGGAUUACUGGAGUGUUAAGAUAUUUCCAUGUAGUGUUUUGAAACAUAAUUUGGAUGCUAUUGAGUGAUAUAUUUAAAUAUAUAUAAAGUAGGAUUUUAUUUUUAUCAAAUUUUUUUGCUUUUUUAAAAAACUCUGAUUUGACCUCUGAGAGUAUAAUGGGCAAAAAUAUUUUAAAAUACCAACAUAAGUAACAUCACCUAAUAAAGUUUAUGUAUCAACUAGAUGAUAUAUAUAGUUUUUCAGUUAAAAUCCUGCCAAAACACUUUUCAGUGACAUUCCAUGACAUUUCCAUCCAUUAUGAUCAAGAUACACAUACAGAAAGAUUGUAUUUAUAAUUUAAUGUAAAUUGUAAAUAUUAAGAUGAAUUCUUCUAGUUAUUGACUUUACUUAGUAUAUACCCGUUUCAAUAGUGCAAUAGUAUACCAUCAAUUAUAGAGUAUGUAGAUAAAUUUUAUGAAGAUUACAUGCUGACAUAAUUAUGAUUUAUAAAUGCAUGAUCAGCUGUUUAAUUUUCUUUGUACAUACUAUAUGUGAAAUAUAUGAUUUCAAAUGUACAUGUAACUUUUAUUAAUUGGAUAUUGGUAUAAAUAUAAUUAUAUUUAUUUUGUACAUAUGAAUGUAACUGAUCAAAAGUUGGAAGCAUAUGAACUUCAAAAGAAGAAGUUCCUGAAUAGUUUUUAAAUUUAAAUCAGGGAAUUUUCAGACUGUAGAAACUAAUUCUCUUUAAACCCCUCCUUCAUAUAUUAAGAAUAGGGGCCCGUCUUACAAAGAGUUGCGAUUGAUUUGAUCAAUCACAACUAUGGAAAGCCAGCAAAGUCAACAUAUAAAACGAAUGAUUGUACAAAAAAAAAAAUCAAUAUAUGAUUGUAUAUCCAUAAAUGAAUUAAUUUCUUGACAAUUUGGUGUGUUCUCCUUUGUUUACAAAGGACAUUUUGCAAAUUUCCUGUAGAAAAAAUUAUGACACUGAUGGAUUUCCAUAGAGUUACGAUUGAUUGGAUAAAUCGUUACUCUUUGUAAGAUGGGGCCCUGGAUUACAAAUCUGUUCUACUUUAGAGAAAAUGCAUAUAUUUGUUGACAACAUAUUUCAUUCAGGCAUCUGUUGGAAAGUGUGUUGUAUCAUUUCUCAAACUUGAGUUAAGUCAAGAUGUAUCCCUCCCUGAAUACCCGAUAUUUAUCAAAAUAGAGAAACUUUUCAAAAUGAGCUCUCUGUGUAGUGUAGCAAAUGAUUCAGGCUUAUGGGUAAUCAUUGAAAGUCAUUCUUCAUAGGCUUGUUUUCUGAAGUCCAGUUAAACUUGGGUCAUGGUCUAACUGUAUUUAAAUUAUGGGCAGCCAAUUGUUUCAAAAUUGCACUUACAUUAUAUGUUUCAGGGAAUAAUUAUCCUGGUAUCGCAUCGCAAUUUGCUCCACAUUUUUGAAAGACUGCUGUGCAUAAAAUCUUUUGUAUAGCAUAUUUUUACAUAGCACUGUACAUUACUUAGUUGAGAGCUUUUCUCUUAUGACCAAAAAUACCAUUCAAAUUUGUAAAGCAAAAUUAUUCCCUGUGAUCUUUACAUGGCAUUUUCCUCACGUUUUAAUGAUGAAGAGACCUAUUAAGUCAGUUAUGGAUGAUUUGAGUGUCAAAUGAGCUGACAAAUUGAACGUUUACUGUUAGAUAUACCCAUCACACUUGGCUAUCCAUAGUAACUAGAGUUUAAAUGACUUCUGAGUGCAGACCAUAGGGUCCAUAUUUCUUGCAUUUGUUUUCAGGUAUUCUGUUAUUGUUUCAGGGGGGAAAUUAUAUUUUAUUAACGGUGGCUGGCUGUCCACCUUCUUCCCUCCAUCCUGUUUUGCCUUGUCGUCUCUUCUACUCCUACUAUCAACUUCACUACAGUAUCAACCUAAAUAACGGAGGCUUCAAACUAAUAAUACAUUUGGGUUCAGCCAUUUACUGGAUUCCAUCUUGUUACACUCUCCGGUAUCUCGCCACAGAUGGCGCUAUUCCAUAACAUCCCCCUUUGUUUACAAAAGACAUUGAUUUGCAAAUUAACCCUUAAUAUACAUUUUUAAUUAGUCCAUUGUUUAAACAGAGUCCUUCUUCUAAACGGAGUCCAUCCAAAUCCAAAUCACUUCAGGAAGUCACAGUUUAUAAAAGUUCAUCACAGUUCUUUGAUCCUUCCAUUCGUCUUGUAUAUCUGCGACAGUCCCAUACUUGAACGGAUUAUGCUUUCAUUUUAUAUCAAACUCCUGUGUUAUUCCAGUCGAUUCCGAAACAUCUAUGAUGUGAUUGGGAAAUCAUCCGGGCGACCACCAAAAAUUCUAUUAAAGAUAUAUCCGAUUUAUUA